AAGCCACAUGAUGAGCUUGUCGCAUCCCUGAGGUCAGAGCUUGAGAGAUGCAUUCGCAGCAACAAACAGAAGAGGAAUGAGCUGACUGAGCGGACGGAGGAGGUCAAGUCUCUAAGGGAGGAAUUGGAAAGUACCCAGAGGAAAGUUACAGAUUUGGACAGAACGUGUGGAGAGCAAAAAGUACUUUUUUUUCCUUACAUUUCUUAUUUAAUUUUGUUUAACUUGAAAUUUUUUCGGAUCCAAAUGUAAAUAGGAAUGAAAGCUGAAGGUUGCUCAAGCUCAUUAUCCAUGCAAGUAAUAAACAUCAACUAUUGAGUUAAUUCAAAUAAACUAUAUUUCAAAGCAUUUUUUUAAUUUUUAAAGCAGUCAGCUCUCUAGUCUGUUAUACAUCGCCUGUCUGUUAAUUUUUAAUUGUGCAGAUCACUACGAUCAUUUAUGAUGUUGAAGAAAUUUUAGUUCAAACUAACUGUAUAUGUAGCUGAUAUAAUUUUUUUUAAAACAUCUAAAUAAUAUUGCAAAAUUGCAGAGUUUAAUCUGAAUUAAAAUGGUUUUUAUCCCCAUAUUUUCUCCUCCUUAAGAAACGUCUUCAAGAAAUUGAUUCCCUUACAAGUGGAAGUGAUGGUGUUGGAAUAGUAGAGGCAAGACUGAAGCGGGAGUUAGAGAACUUGAAGAGGGAGAAAACUCUUUUGUUGGAGGAUAUAGAAGUAACACAUCUAUUACUGUCUACUUCAAUGCACCUACACUAUUUUAAAAAAAAAGCUUAAUUUCAUAAAGGGCUUAUGCUUGACAUAUUACUGUUGAUUAUGAUGGCAAAAAGAAAAGAAACGUUCUGAGUGCUCAAUGGAUUAGUUACAAUUGUCGUGUGUGUUGGGCGUGAUGAGACUAUUUAUGGAGACGUUAAAUGGAAAAUAAAAAUGUACAAGCUUAUUCUUUCUUAGACUGUUCAAUUAGUAUCAUUACCUGUCUUAGACUGUUCAGUUACUAUCAUUACCUGUCUUAGACUGUUCAAUUACUAUCAUUACCUGUCUUAGACUGUUCAGUUACUAUCAUUACCUGUCUUAGACUGUUCAGUUACUUUCAUUACCUGUCUUAGACUGUUCAGUUACUUUCAUUGCCAGUCUUCGACUGUUCAGUUACUUUCAUUGCCAGUCUUAGACUGUUCAGUUACUUUCAUUGCCAGUCUUAGACUGUUCAGUUACUUUCAUUACCUGUAGAAAAAGAACAACUAAUUAAAAAGUUUUAUUAAUUUUCCUGAGAUGUCUUUAUUGUCAGAUUAAGACUGGGGGGAAAAAAACACUAAAAUAUCUAAACACUGAUCAUAUUCAACAAAAGUAAAAAAAGAAGUAAGUGUAAAGAUAGUAGCUAUAAUUUAUUUAAAUACCCUCAAAUUGAUUGGAUAUACGUAUGGGACAUUCUAUUCUGUCCCACUGAAGGAUUACAAAAAACGACUAGAGGAGGUAGGCUCAAGCGAGUCCCGGCUCACGGAGAUCAACACGGAGCUGAGCCAGCAGAUGGCCCAGAUGGUCAAUGAC